GGCUUCCAGCCUGAGAAAAUCCUUGGUUCGAGUAGCCGUAAGCAAAGGAAGAAGCUAAUAUUUAUAGAAUAUUAAAAAAAAAGUAUUAAAUAAAUAAAUUUAAGAAUUAGAAAUACCACGUUUUGAUUGUGAUUCCUUCGAUGUUCCGGUGAUAAAUAACAACAUAAUAUGACGGCAACGGCAUCAGCUGCAACUGCUUCAUUGGACGAAGAUCUAGACGAGUGUGGACCGCAAUUGAUUACUAAAUUAGAGGGUAAUGGAAUUACAUCAGGUGAUAUAAAAAAGUUAGAAGAAGCCGGCUACCACACUGUAGAGUCAGUGGCAUAUGCUCCCAAGAAAUGGCUUAUAACAAUCAAGGGGAUCUCAGAAGCAAAAGCUGACAAAAUACUUGCUGAGGCAUCAAAGCUUGUUCCAAUGGGCUUUACUACUGCUACUGAGUUUCAUCAGAAAAGGGCUGAAAUAAUUCAGUUGACAACAGGGUCCAAGGAACUGGACAGAUUGCUUGGCGGUGGAAUAGAGACUGGCUCUAUUACAGAAAUAUUUGGGGAAUUUCGUACAGGAAAAACUCAGCUAUGCCACACUUUGGCUGUCACUUGUCAGCUUCCCAUAGAACAAUCUGGGGGCGAAGGGAAAUGUAUGUACAUAGACACAGAGGGCACAUUCCGCCCUGAGAGGCUGCUGGCCGUGGCACAGCGCUACGGUAUGGACGGCGCCGCGGUACUCGAUAACGUGGCGUAUGCGCGCGCCUACAACACAGACCAUCAGACACAGCUGCUGGUGCAAGCUUGUGCAAUGAUGGCUGAAUCUAGAUACUCCCUUAUAAUAGUGGACAGUGCUACAGCACUUUACAGGACUGAUUACUCUGGCCGGGGGGAACUGAAUCCACGGCAACAGCAUUUGGGUCGCUUCAUGAGAAUGUUAUUGAGGUUGGCUGACGAGUUUGGAGUGGCCGUUAUUAUAACGAACCAAGUGGUUGCCCAAGUGGAUGCAGUGGGCGUCUUCAAUGCAGACACCAAGAAGCCGAUUGGUGGACAUAUUAUUGCUCAUGCAUCAACCACGCGUCUCUAUCUAAGAAAGGGUAGGGGUGACAAUCGCGUUUGCAAGAUUUAUGACAGUCCUUGUUUACCGGAAACAGAAGCCAUGUUUGCUAUUAGUACCGAAGGUAUCACGGACGCUAAAGAAUAAACUUUAUUAUAGGUCUUAUCAGUAACUACAUUGUUUACAUUUGUACAAAAAUUAAUUUAAAUUAAACAGUUUUGUAAAUUUUGGUAUACGACAUAAAAAGUGCCCUUAUAGCGAAUUAAAAGAUGAUUGUAAUAGGUUUCUUAUUAAACUUUGAAGUUUUGGAAUUGAUGGUAAAAAAAAAUAUUGGGACAAAUUUAAUGUUUUAAAUCAAAGGUGUCGAUUAAGAGACUCCAUUUCUCUAUUUCUAAUAUUAAAAUUUCAAUUUGAUAUCACAGCAAACUGUUUAUUGCAAGAAUCAAUAUGAACUAAUUAUAAUAGAUUUCAGUCUAAACUUUUUAGUUUUAUUUUAGUCCAUAGUUCAGUAAUUUCGCAAUGUUAUCAAUUUAAAAUAUUAGAUUAAGAGAUAGGCAGUUAAUUCAGAUAUAGCCAGAUUUCUGUAUGACAGCUCUUAAUGGUAAAAUACAAAGUCUAUGUGAUUAACAUAUUUUACGUUCAUAGACCAUAUAGCUAUUUAAAAGCUUGUGCCAACCAAUAUCACACAUUUUGUAUUUUUCUAUUAAUCAUUUAAAGAUAUGAAGAUAUUGCUUUUUAUAUAAAGCCAGAGGGGCUUAAUCGAAAUUAUAAAUCUGAAUGUGUGCACCAGAAUGAUAUCCAAUCGAACUUUGCUAUAAAUGAAUGAAUAAAAACUCUAUCUUGUUCUCUUCAAAGAAAAAUAAAUGCCUUGUAUUUUUAUUAUUAUAUUAGCCGUUAAAUGUGUUGUUGAACAUAGGUCUCCCUCAUAGGGGGGGGGGGGGGGGGUUUAUAGUGCCUUAUAUAUUUCAAAUUAUUGUUGCUAUCAAUUUUGUUAAGAAUUGGGCUUUUACAUGACACAUUAAACCAAACUCAAAUAUAAUUCAGUCAGAAUGAACUGAAGUACUGCACUAAGUGAUUAAACGAAAUCAAUUAUUACAUUUAGAAUUCAUAAUAGAAAACGAUUGAACUCUGCCGAAAAUUUGGAUUUGUAAUUUCGUAGUAGACAUCCAGGUCAUGAAUGGAUUGUUUUUAAUAUAUGGACGUGUACAUAACUAAUCAUUUAACUAUAAUAAAAAAAGUAUGUAUUUUUA